CACCACUCUAGAAUGCUCGAUAGUUACCCACAAUACUUUUAAGAGCUCUCCGCCAUCCCCAUUUUUAUGCAAGGCAAUCUACUGUAACGACAGACAUUGGUGUGGAAUCGAACCCUGCAUAUUCAUAUAUUGCCUAGUCGGCUGGUGAUCGUCGUCGCUGAGAAGGGACCCGGCAGAUGUACCGCCUUGGGCGAGCGGUUCUGUUAUUAUCAGAUGCAUUCCAUGAUAAUGGAUAAUGGCUGGACCUGGCAUGGAUCGAUGGUCUUAUAUAACAUCCUUAUUUGGACACUCCCUCGUAUCUAUCUAGAACUUAACAUUUUUCUCGGUACCCUCUGCGACGAUCAUGCACCUAUGCGUAGUAGUAACGGCGUGGCUUCUCGCGAAACGGACGGCAGCGCAGGGUGUAGGGAAAGCAGAGACGCAUCCUAAGCUUACAACAGAGAGGUGUACGAUUAAAGAUGGCUGUAUCACACAGAAUACCUCCGUCGUACUCGAUGCCAGUUUCCACGGACUUAGACAGGUGAAUGGCACAGGUAGCUGUGGGGGAUACCGUGGUGGGUUGAGCAAAGAACUGUGUCCGAACCACGAGGCAUGCGCGAAAAAUUGUGUUUUCGACGGCGCGGACUACGAGGGCAGCGGGGUGGUGGCGAACGGCAGUGCUCUAACGUUGAAUAUGUACACACAACAUGACGGCAACGUGACUUCGGUGAGCCCGCGCGUAUACUUGUUGGACGAGAGCGAAGAAAACUACGAGAUAUUGUUUUUGAAACAUGGAGAAAUCAGCUUCGAUGUAGACGUGUCGAAGCUGGUCUGUGGCAUGAACGGCGCGUUAUACCUGACCGAGAUGAACAAGACGGGAGCCCGCAGCGCUCUCAAUCCGGCGGGAGCAAGGUAUGGGACAGGAUACUGCGACGCACAGUGCUCCACGUUGCCGUUUAUCAAUGGGGUGGCGAAUAUCGACUCUAGAGGAUCAUGCUGCAACGAGAUGGACAUCUGGGAGGCCAACUCGCUAGCAUCGGCAUUCACUGCACAUCCUUGCAGCAACGCGGGAGUAUUCGAGUGUAAAGGAGCUCAGUGUGGUAGCCUCGGCGUCUGCGAGAAGUCCGGGUGUGAGUACAACACAUGGAAGCUGGGAAACACGUCGUACUACGGACCCAACCUAGCAGCGCCCGCAUCGGGCAACACGACCAAGUUCACGGUAGAUACGACGCGCCCGUUCACGGUAACCACGCAAUUUCUAACCUCGGACAACCCGUCGCCGAUUAGCAACGGCGCGCUGAACGAGGUACGGCGGCUGUACGUGCAAGACGGGGUCGUGAUCGACAACGCGUACGUCACGGACCCGAUGAUGCCGCCGGGAGACUCCUUGCGCAUGUCGCACUGUCAGGCUAGCGGGGCGCUGUUCGAGGAUCUGGGCGGCCUGACUACGACGGGACAUGCGCUGGAUAGGGGAAUGGUGCUUGCGUUUAGCAUCUGGAACGACGGCAAGCAGUUUAUGAACUGGUUGGACGCGGGAAAGGCCGGACCGUGUACGUUGCAGGAGGGAGAUCCCGAGGUUAUUAGACGGCAGAGCCCUGGGACGAGUGUGACGUUUAAGAAUAUUAGGUGGGGGGAGCUUGGGAGUACAUAUGGGAAUGGGACGAUGGCUGGUGUAUGAAUGAAGAUUGAAACUUGAAAGGGAAUGUUUAUGAAGAAGGUAUUAUUUUAAAGCUUUGCAUAUUAUUACUCAUAUUUUAUUCAUC